AUGAAGUCGUUCCACAAAGUCGUUUUCAAGCCCGACUCGCAAUCCACCGACGAAUACAUGGUCAUCGUCAACGGCGAAGAGUACAAGAAAUGGAUCAAGGGCGACAAGACUAUCCCGCUUGCUGAUGUCGUCGACUCGUUCGACGUCUUCCACACUGGCCAGGGAGCACAGGGUAUCAUGGGCCGCCCCUCCAAACAGCAGCUCGAGACCGUCUUUGACACGUCCAAGGAUGUCGAUGUCGUCACCCAUAUUUUGGAGCGUGGCCAGCUGCAGACCGCUUCACAAAAGGAGGCCUACAGCACCACAAACGACGCCAAGCAGGGCCAGAACACGACCUCGAAAGGUUCCGGGGCUGGGUUCGGCGGUCGAUGA